CCCAGUAACAGAGAUACCCCAGAGAGAUGUCCCCGUCCUCUGUAUACCCAGGAUUGUACAGAGGAGAAUCACAGGAUCCCACAGGAGGAUCAGGUAGAACGUCUGUCUGAUAUUAAAACAGAAGACAUAGAAGGAGAAGAAGAGACGUAUGUGACUAAUAUGAAGGCAGAAGAUAUAGAGGGAGAAGAAGAGACGUAUGUGACUGAUAUGAAGGCAGAAGAUAUAGAGGGAGAAGAAGAGACUUAUGUGACUGAUGUAAAGGCAGAAGAUAUAGAGGGAGAAGAAGAGGCGUAUGUGACUGAUAUAAAGGCAGAAGAUAUAGAGGGAGAAGAAGAGACGUAUGUGGCUGAUAUAAAGGCAGAAGAUAUAGAGGGAGAAGAAGAGACGUGUGUGAGAGGUGAUCAGCAGUGUAAGGAGGAGGAGAUCCCUACAGAUAUCAGCACAGAUGGACACACAAGCAGGAAUAUCUCAGAAGGACAUCUAAUGUUAUCCCCGGACUGUGACAUAAAAGAUAAUGACAGUAGACAGGAUUCUCCAGGAGAUAACCCCAUUACCCCAAUUAUACAUCCAGCUCUAUCAGCUGGUCCCUCUGAUCCUGGGAAAUGUUCUCCUGAUCACUCUGAUAUUGGUGCAUCUGUUACAGCUCUGAGAGUAGAUACAGAGUUUCCCUGUUCUAUAGAUGCCAAAUGUUUUACACAGAACACAAAGCCUAUUAACCCACAGACAGGUAAGGCAGGUGCAAGGCCAUUUCCAUGUUCUGAGUGUGGGAAAUGUUUUACAUACAAAUGGUAUCUUGUCAGACAUCAGCGAAGUCACACAGGUGAGAGGCCAUUUCCAUGUUCAGAGUGUUGGAAAUGUUUUGCACGGAAAUCACAACUUGUUGCACAUCAGCUAAGUCACACAGGUGAGAGGCCAUUUUCAUGUUCUCUGUGUGGGAAAUGUUUUGCACGCAAAUCGUGUCUUGUUAGUCAUCAGAGAAGUCACACAGGUGAGAAACCAUUUCCAUGUUCUGAGUGUGGGAAAUGUUUUGCACGCAAAUCGUGUCUAGUUAGUCAUCAGCAAAGUCACACAGGUGAGAAGCCAUUUUCUUGCUCUGAUUGUGGGAAAUGUUUUACACGGAAAUCAGAUCUUAUUGCACAUCAGCAAAGUCACACAGGUGAGAAGCUAUUUCCAUGUUCUGAGUGUGGGAAAUGUUUUGCACACAAAUCAUAUCUUGUUAAACAUCAGAGAAGUCACACAGGUGAGAAGCCAUUUUCUUGCUCUGAGUGUGGGAAAUGUUUUGCACGGAAAUCACAUCUUGUUAAACAUCAGCGACGUCACACGGGUGAGAAUACAUUUCCAUGUUCUGAGUGUGGGAAAUGUUUUGCACACAAAUCAGAUCUUUUGAAACAUCAGAGAAGUCACACAGGUGAGAAGCCAUUUUCUUGCUCUGAGUGUGGGAGAUGUUGUUCAAGUAAAUCGCAUCUUGUUAUACAUCAGAGAAGUCACACAGGUGAGAAGCCAUUUUCUUGCUCUGAGUGUGGGAAAUGUUUUCCACGAAAAUCACUACUUGUUACUCAUCAGCGAAGUCACACAAGUGAGAAGCCAUUUCCCUGUUCUGAGUGUGGAAAAUGUUUUGUACACAAAUCAGAUCUUACUAAACAUGAGAGAAGUCACACAGUUGAGAAGCCAUUUUCUUGCUCUGAGUGUGGGAAAUGUUUUACCUGGAAAUCACAACUUGUUACACAUCAGCGAAGUCACACAGGUGUAAAGCCAUUUCCAUGUUCUGAGUGUGGGAAAUGUUUUCCACGGAAAUCGCGUCUUGCUAGACACCAGCAAAGUCACACAGGUGAGAAGCCAUUUCCAUGUUCUGAGUGUGGGAAAUGUUUUACAUACAAAUCGUGUUUGGUUAAUCAUCAGAGAAGUCACACAGGUGAGAGGCCAUUUCCAUGUUCCGAGUGUGGGAAAUGUUUUGCACGUAAAUCACAACUUGUUAUACAUCAGAGAAGUCACACAGGUGAGAAGCCAUUUCCAUGUUCUGAGUGUGGGAAAUGUUUUGCACGGAAAUCACAACUUGUUAUACAUCAGAGAAGACACAGGUGAGAAUCAAUUUUCUUGCUCUGAGUGCAGGUAAUGUUUUACACGGAAAUCAGAUUUAUUUACACAUCAGCGAAGUCACACAGGUGGGAAGCCAUUUCCAUGUUCUGAGUGUGAGAAAUGUUUUGCACGCAAAUCAGAUCUUAUUAAACAUGAGAGAAGUCAUACAGGUGAGAAGCCAUUUCCAUGUUUCGAGUGUGGGAAAUGUUUUGCACUGAAAUUACAUCUUGUUAUGCAUAACAGAAGUCACACGGGUGAAAAUUGAUUUUCUUGCUGUUAGUGCUGAAAUUUUUUUACACAGAAAUCACAUUUUGUUACUCAUCAGCGAAGUCACACAGGUGAGAAGCCAUUUCCAUGUUCUGAGUGGGAAAUGUUUUACACAGAAAUCACAUCUUAUUACACAUCAGCGAAGUCACACAGGUGAAUAUCCAUUUCCAUACUCUGAGAAAUAAAUCAGCUCUUGUUGCACACAAUAGACAUCACUCAGGUGAGGAACCAUUUUAAUCUUCUGGAGUAUACUUAUCAUUGCCAUGCGUUGUUCUUCAAGGUUCUUAUCCUAUCUCCUAUGCUUUUUGUAAUAUACAUGCUACCGCAGGGUAAAACAAUCAGAUUUCAUGCCCUCAUCUACCACUGCUAUGCAGGUGGCCUGACUUUUGCUCUGGGUGCUGAGAACCCAGUACCAAUCCCAAAUGGUUGUCUAGCUGAGCUCCAGGUGUGGGUGAUGACAGUUGACUGACUCAAUCCUCAUGAAACAGGUCCAUUUGAUAGAAGCUCAACAACAAGGGGGAGGAAAACAUGGUGGCUGGCAGUUGUAGGAGACAGGGUGGGUGGCAGUAGUGGGGGGAGACAGGG